GCAUGCAACAAAAAGUGGAAAUAUAAAAAAUGGAAAAUCUGGAUUUUUAUAUUAUUUUUUUUUUGUGUUUUUUUUUUCCACUUGUUGGGACUAAUUUCUUCACUUUUUGGGACUUUUUUUUUAUUUAUUUAUAUCAUUGUAAAAUAAUUGCAUUUCCAUGUUGUGUGUGUACUGUGAGAGACCAGAUAUAGUGAAUGCGGGGUCCGGGAAGAGCGUAUAUAGUGAAUGCAGGGUCCGGGGAGAGCGGAUGUAGUGAAUGCAGGGUCCAGGGAGAGCGGAUAUAGUGAAUGCAGGGUCCGGGGAGAGCGGAUAUAGUGAAUGUGGGGUCUGGGGAGAGCGGAUAUAGUGAAUGCGGGGUCCGGGGAGAGCAGAUAUAGUGAAUGCGGGGUC